AUGCUCCGAAGCAGACUAGCUGCGACCCCUGUUGCUGCCAACUCUACGGCUGUUACCUCCUCUAUUGCUGCCUCCUCAGUGGCUGCCACGGCUGGUGCAGCGCACCAAGAAACAGACAGUGACGAGGGUCGGCGCAGCAAAGAGCAGAGCUAUGGAGGGCGCGAGGAGGCAGCAGGAGAGUGUGCGUUGCAGCAUGAGGAGGCAGCGCUGCGAAACAAGAGGGCAGCGCAGCAGCCGCCAGCGUCGCCCCGCCAUGCGAAACGGCCCACGGUGCACACGCAGGCAGAGGCGGAUGAUGCGAGCGGAGAGCGGGAGAGGGCGGGAGCGAGCGGGCUGUGGUUCGUGAUGAACGGCGGUGGGCAGGCUGGGGGUGUGGGACCCGCGGAUGAGAUGGAGGAGGGGGAAGUGAGGAGUGAGGACGGUGAGGAGGAAGAAGGACAGGAGGCGGGAUUCGAGGUGGAGGGGGAGGAGAGAGGAGAAGAGAUAGAGGGGCAGAAGGAGGGGGAUGAGGAGGGGGGCGAGGGGUACGAAGAGGAUGACGAUGUGAUUGAGGUGGGUCCUGUUGCGGUAAGGAUUCAGCUGGUAAAGCAGCAGGAGGAGGAGGAGCAGAUGGAGCAGCAGAUGCUGCAGGACGUACUGGUGCAGGAGCAAAGGCCCGGCAGCAGAGAGAAGCACAAGGGUCUAGGAGGACCAGGAGAAGGAGGAGGAGGCCCCACCCACCCAAGUGCGAGGCGCUCCUUGGCUGCCGCAUUCGCAGGUGCAGAGGGCACCAAAGUGGCGGAUGACGGAAGGAGGCAGGCUGCCUGUGAGAAUGGGGCCGCUUCUACGGGCCCGCAGUGCAGCCCUCGUGCAGCGGCCGAUAAGGAACCGCAAGCCUGCCUGGUGAAGCCCUGUAUUGAUGCUACAGUGUACCUCGUUAUAGACAACCUGGAGCAGCUCAAAGCCUUCCCUGCAGGGGAAGGCCCGCAGCUGCUGGAAACGUUCCUCCGCCUGCCCGAACUGUUGGGGCAGUCCAACUUAGGGCUAAUCCUAGUGAGCAAGCUGGACUGGGCGUCAACUUGUGGGCUUGGCGCUGCAGGGAUGGGGGGUGGGGGCAGCUGGGGCGGAGGCUGGGGAGGCGGAUGGGGAGGCGGAUGGGGAGGAGGAGGAGGGGCAGCAACAGCAGCGGCUAUGGCAGUGGCGGCAUGUGAGCCAGUGACGGUGUUCUUCCCACCGUACAGCGACAAGGAACUGGAAACGGUUCUCGUGGGCAUGAGGCCGAAUCAGCCGCUCUUCCUCUCCUUCCUCAGGCAGGUGGUUCCAGUGUAUACCCGUGCCUACCGCUCCCUGCCGCACCUCGCCUCGCUCGUGGACCACUCCUGGCCGCUCUACACCGCUCCCAUUGCCACAGGCUCUGUGUCCCCCGACCACCCCAGCUGUGCUCGCCUGCUGUAUAUGAGAGCACAGGAGCACAUAGGAACCACACUCAAGCAGCCCGUCUCAACCCUCGUACGCUCGUCAGUCGUGGAUACUCCUGCUGUUGCUGCUACUGCUGGAGCUCCAAUGGACGUUCCAGAUCUUCCCAUCAUGACAAGAUUCGCCCUUGUCGCAGCAUUUACCUGCUCCCGCAACCCAGCACCGUCAGAUGUAACCCUUUUUAACUUCUCGGACUCCGCACAGCCCGGUGGAAGCGGGUUUCGGUCCAGGAGGAAGAGGAAGGCAAGUGCAGGGGACCUGGACAAGCAGGCUAGAGAGGCCAGGGAGGCUCAGCAGCACGGCCCCAUUCCCUUCCCUCUUUCGCGCUGGCUGCUCAUGGCUCACCACUUGGUGAAAGCUCACUGGUCCUCUCCUCUCGCCUCGGUUUCUAGUGGUGGUGCUGCUGAGUCAGCUCCUGCUGUGGAUGACAGCUUGCUGACUCAGCUUGCGACUCUUGUUCGCGGUGGGCUGGUGAGCCAGUCAGGGGAAGACAGGCUGGCUAGCACAACACGCUUCAAGUGCAGUGCGAGAAAGGAACUGGUGAAGCAGGUGGCGAACACUCUUGGCAUUCGACUGGAGCAGCUUCUGCUUUUUGGUCCGGGCUUUAACUCCCUCUCGGCGUGGCUCUUAAGGCGAGGUCUGAGCACGGACCGGGACGGUGGGGAGAGAGGCGACACAGGGCUCAGCGACCUGGGUCCGGGCAUGGGCUUGGGCCGGGAGGGCCCGUCCGCGCAGGCGCUCAUGCCGCCGGGUCCGCGGGACGACCUCCGCGCGGGCGCGGGCGCGGGGGAAGGCGCGGAGGCGGAAGGCGCGGAGGCUGCACCAGCGGAGGACGACCAUUUACCGGAGGACGAUCAGGAGGCGGUGCUGGAUUCGGUGGUGAAGGUGUACGCCGUGGGGAGCAGCCCCAACUACCGCCUGCCCUGGCAGAACAAACCGCAGCGCGAGGUCACCGGCUCAGGGUUCGUGAUUAUGGGCCGUCGGAUCCUCACCAGCGCGCACAUCGUGGCCGACCAGGCGUUCGUGCUCGUGAGGAAGCACGGCUCGCCCAAGAAGUACCUCGCGCAGGUGCAAGCAGUGGCGCACGAGUGCGACCUGGCGCUGCUGACAGUGGGGGAGCCAGGCGCGGGGGGAGGGGGCAUGGGCGGAGGAAUGGGGGGAAGGGGAGGGCACCACGAGCAUGAGCACGAUCACGACGACCACCACCACCAUGACAGAUUUGGGGAGGAUAAGGGCGGCGGGGGAGCGGGGGGACGGGGCGGGGGCGCCAUGGGGGAUUUCGGGGGCGGGGGGAUGGGGAGGGGGGGCGGGGGCGGGCUGGGGAGCCGAAUGGGCGGGGGGAAGGGGAUGGGGGGGGAUAUGGGGAUGGGGAUGGGGGGGGAUAUGGGGAUGGGGAUGGGGGGGAGGGGGGAGGCGGGGAGAGGAGUGGGGGGAGCGGGGGGGAAUGAGGAGUUCUGGGCGGGGCUGAACCCGCUGCCUCUGGGGGAUGUGCCUCAGCUGCAGGAGUCGGUAGCUGUGGUGGGGUACCCUCAAGGCGGCGACAACAUCAGCAUCAGCAUGGGAGUCGUCUCACGCGUGGAGCCCACCAAGUACGCACACAGCGGGGCGCACCUGCUGGCCAUCCAGAUUGAUGCGGCAAUCAACCCUGGCAACAGUGGGGGACCCGCCCUCAUCAUGACCCACGUGCCCGUCGCGGCAGGAGAUAGCACCACCAGCAGUGCUGCUGCUGAUGCUGCUGCUGGCGCGUACGGCAGCAGCAGCAGCAGCAGUAGUGGUGGUGGUGGUAGAGAGACAAGCAGAAGCGGUGGCAGUGGGAAUGGAAGGGAUUUGAUGAAUUCACACCGCAUGGAUUCUCAACUGCAGGGAGAGUCUGCUGGCAGGGCAGGGGGGAUGCAGCGGCGAUCAGGGUUGGAGGAGGAGAGCGAUUCACCCAGCAUAAAGGGGCUGGGCUGGGGGGACGAGGGCGGGGACGGGAUGCUGGGGCUAGGGGGGGAAGAUGGGCGGGAGGAGUGGGAGGGGGAGGAGGGGGAGGAGGAGGUGGGGGUGGGAGGGGGUUGGGCGGAGAUAGAAGCGGAGCGGGCGGCAGAGGAGGCGGCGGCGAGGGCGACACCGGUGGCGAUGAGAGUAGAGUACCGCGUAGUGGGGGUGGCUUUCCAGAACCUCACUGGGGCUGAAAACAUCGGUCUCACUCAUGCCUCCCCUCCAUGCCUCUCCAUGGCCUCUCUCUCCCCUCCCCCCCCUCGCAGCUACAUAGUACCCACGCCCAUCAUCCACCGAUUCCUGCACGAUGCAGCGCUGCACCACCGCCGCUUCCACGGCUUCUCCUCCUUGGGCGUGGCAUGCCAGCCGCUUGACAACUGGCAGCUGCGCGCGCACCUGCGCCUGCCGCCGACUGCUACAGGCGUGCUGGUGAACGCGGUGCAGCCUCUCAGUGAGAGCAGCCGGUGGAUCAAGAAGGACGAUGUGUUGACUGCAUUCGACUGCGUGCCUAUAGCCGAUGAUGGUUCCGCCGCUCGACAACUGGCAGCCGCGCACCUGCGCCUGCCGCCCUCCGCCACGGGCGUGCUCGUGAACGCGGUGCAGCCUCUCAGCGAGAGCAGCAGGUGGAUUAAAAAGGACGAUGUGUUGACUGCCUUGGACUGCGUGCCUAUCGCUGACGAUGGCUCCGGUGAGUGUAGCAUGGGCGCAAUCUCCCACACAAGCGCUGGUGAUUGUCAACAGGCGGGUGGGCUCGCCCGUGAACUUCCUCUCAGCGUGAGCAGCCGGUGGAUCAAGAAGGACGACGUGUUGACCGCGUUUGACUGCGUUCCUAAAGCGGAUGAUGGGUCUGGUGAGUGGUGGAGAGGAGGGGAUUGA